AUCCUCGCACCAGACGAACCAGUAUCAUAUUUUUCUACUUUGCAUCAAUCGGCAGACAGGAGAUGCGUUAACACCAGCUCCCAGUCAUCAUCGCUGAGUUAUGCGAGUCGGGUUGACGAGGGAUAGCCCGACGUUCACUCCCAAGAAUUUCGGUCUCAAUCCAGCUUAAUUCUUGCCGAACAUUCAUGUCACUGUUUAGUCUGUCGUCAUCUAUCACUCUGAGCUAUCACUGGAGUUGGAGUGCAAAUACUCUUUCAGACUUCAAAGCAUUAAUCAUCGUUCUCUUCAAAACAAAACUCUAAAAUUGCAUUAUUAACUCAUAAAUCAUUACUUGCAGCUGAAUAUCUGUUCUCUAUAUUUUCUAAAUCAUCGAACAAGAUAUAUAUUUGUAACAAUGUCACUUCUAAUUGGCAAUUGGAAGCUUAUCCGUAGCGAGAACUUCGAAGAGUAUCUGAAAGAAAUGGGUGUAAAUGCACCGAUGCGGAAGCUGGCGGUUCAUAUGCACCCUUCUUGUGACAUCACGCGAGACGGGGAUUCCUUUAACAUCAAAAUGAACGUUCCUGUCAUCACUAUACACGAGCAGGAGUUCACCAUUGGUGUCCCGUUUGAGGACCUUCUCCCCAACGGCCUGAAGCAGAUGACCAUCGCCAGACUGGAAGACGACAACAAGAUUAGGUUUCUGGAGCAGGAAGAGUCCGAUGAACCACACGUGGUCGUUCGGGAAGUCAUUGAUGGUGAGAUGAUCAUGACCUGUUCCAAGGGCACUGUAAAGUGUACCCGAGUCUUCAAGCGAUCUUCGGACAUCGAAAACUGAGCCGGACAAGGAGAUUGAUCACCGCAGUCAGCUCCCGUAGCACACACCGACACAAGUUCCAGACAAGUUGCAGCAUCGCAGACAUCCUUUGGUAACACAUGCAUAAAAGUUUUAACUGUUAUAGUCCUGUUUAUAGUCUGAUAAGUAUAUUGUAGCUUCACUUAUAUUAACAGUGUUCGCAUGUACCACUAUCAGUAGGCCUAUAUAUUUCAUUUGUGGCUUCCAAAAAUAGAAAUGAAAGAAUUCUCAAAUAAGUUUUGUUCUUGUUGGAAACCACAUUAACCCCUAUCAUCUGUGUGCCUAGUGAGUAAAAAAUAAACUGCCAUAAUUGCCAUCUGUCCAGAUAGACAUGUCCUUUGCACACGAAAAAUGAUUCUGUUGACGCAGGACUGUGCGGAGGUUGACGCGGUCUUUGGUUCUCUGACGCACAUGGUUUUAAAGAAGACAGAGCAAUCUUUGGUGGUUAUAAGCUACAUUGUGCAAUGGUUUGAAUAGAACAGUCACUUCGUGUGCAAUGGACAACAGAGAAAUGACAUAAAAUGCAGCACCUUUACCGUCAACGAAGUCUUUGAAAGGCCACGUAGUUUGUGAAUAUGGAGAACAUGUUGAAUUCAUGUUAAAACCUAAGAAACGCAGCUGCUAUUCACGAUGUGUGUACUAUCACUCUAAUCUAUAUAUAUUUGUAUAUUUAGAACAUCAUUUUUGUGCAGUACUGUCCUAUAAUUAGAAAGACCAAGUUAAAAAUCUUUUUCAUUAUGCCUUUUAUUCUUAUCUGUAAAUACGAGUUAACGUUAUAAGAGUUUCACUCAUUUUCGUCUGAGUGUGUACGAUGUGUGUAACUUAAUACAUUAAUAGCAUUGUGAUAGAGAUAAUGAUUAAUGAAUUAGGCGUACGUUGUCAAUUAUAUAUUGGCGGAAGAACCUGACGAAAGUUUCGAGUAGAACAAUUAGUCAAUUUUGUUCUCAGCUCUACUUCGUGAGAACAAAAUAUUUAUAAUUGUAUUUUUGAUUAAAUAAAAAUAUAGAGACAUUCAAUCGGAGAAAUUAAUUUGAUAUCUUUAUCACAGGAAAAAUAUGAAAUCCAGGAAGCAAAAAUUAAACAUACUUCAUUGUUUGCAUUAAUCUACAAUAAGCAGUAAUGUUUUCUGGAUACUGUAAGUAAUUUAAUUGAAAUAAAUUCAAAAUAAUUCAUUAUUCAUAACACAUUUUUAAAGAUACUUUGGCGAUUUGGCGUGUAAAAUGACAUUUGAUUUUGCAAUAUUUGUGUAUUCUUCCUUCGCGUAUAUACGAUGGGGGCGAUCUCAAGGCUUCAAGUCAAUGCCAGACUUGUAAAAGAUAACGGCAUCUAUUAAUAUCUAGAUAUUAUCUGUAUAUAAGGAUGUUCCUUUGCGUUAAAACGUUCAUUUAGGAAAUAAUUGAAUGGAUGUACAUGUAACUUGAAUGCUUCGUUUAACGAGUUCAUCAGCAACUGAAGUGAUUUAUUCUUAACAAAUGUUUGAUAUGCUGCAUAAAUUGUUGUGCAUUUUAGCUUCAUAUAUGAUGGAAGAUUUAAUUGCUCACUUCUGUAAAAUGACACAAAACCCUUUGAAGUAUAAUUUAUUAUUUUUUAUAUGUGAAUAAUCACAUACUUAAAUCAAAUUGUUAUUCUUGCACCAUUCAAUGUCUAAUUUGCACAAAUCUGAAACGUAAAUCUUAAAUGUUGUUAAUGGUAUAUUUUGUCUAAAAUGUGAAUCUUACAUGGCAAACAGGAUUGGUGAACAUAGUGUUAAUUUUUUGUUACUAAGAAUCUUAACAGUUCCUACUGGAAAGAACACAGCCUUCCAGAGUGUGUGCAACAAUGUAUUCACAGUGUGGAACAAUGUGAAAUCACCCUCACACUGUUAAAUUUCAGCAUUACAACAGUGUGAAUCACAUAUUCACAACCAUGUGAAUACGUGGUGUCACACUGUCGAGGUGUCCACAGUGUGAAAAAUAUCUCAAAACUGUUGAAUUUGAGCAUUUUAACAGUGUGAAUAAUAAGUUCGCAUAGUCCACUAUGUGGACACACUGUGUGAAACUCUGUUCUUUCCAACAGGGCAUGGAUUCCAUAUUUAUUUCAAAAUGUUGGAUAAAAAGUACGGGGAAUAUAGUUAUUGAGAGGUUUUAUUUAAAGUAAAAUCUACUCACCAAACCAUCGAUUUCUGUGACCAAUCAAAUCGUAUGCUACAGUCCCACCAAGGAAACCGAUUCCAAACCGACCGAUGGUAUGUUAUCGGAAAUAAUGUAAUAUAUGGUCGUUCAGGAGUCAGUCUCGCUAGUAUGACUGUGGCGUUAUAGUGAUUAUCAUUCCCAAUGUUUAUGAUUAUAUAUAUAUAUAUAUAUAUAUAUAGGAGGAAGGAAAAAACCAGUCAUCGCUACUCGUGUUGUUUGGGUUGAAAAAUAUGAAACGUCGUUCUAUGGUACCUUUUCCCUAAACACGUGAUAUUAAAUAAUUAUAAAUGUAUCAAUUGUGAUUUAUAUAUGCCAUGUACUUCAUGUGAGAUUGACCUAAAAGGCACGGUUUUAGCAAAUUAUUCAAUUUACUUUAAAAGUAAAUUGUGCUGCUCUGUGUUUUCAGAAAAUGUUAGUGGUGUUGUUAGAUUUUUUUCCAAGAAAGAAAUGUUCAAUCAAUUUGUUUCAUUUGAAUAUUUUCUAUUAGUGAACUGUGUAUUGAGGUAUACUGGUUACUAAAUGAAAGAAGAGUACAUUUUAUUCUAAAAAAUAAUUGUCUACACCAUGGCCGUAUAGAUUUUCAAACAAUCAUACCGUUUCAAAUAUACAAAGUAUUAAAACAGCUAAACCAUAAUUUA